AGAGACUGAGAGAAGAAGCCAUUUCAAAGAUUUUUUUGAAUUUAUUGUUGGCUGAGACGAGAGAAACAGUGAGUGACCAUGGCACUUCUGAAGGUGAAAUUUGACUUGAAGAAGCGUGUGAAGUUAGCCCAGGGGCUAUGGCUGAUGUACUGGUUUGCCGUGAUGGCUGGGGUGCUGGUUUUCAGCAUGGGACUCUUCUUCAAGAUUGAGCUUCGCAAGCGGAGUGAGAUUAUGGACAAUAACGAGAGCCAUUUUGUCCCAAACCUGCUAAUUGCGAUGGGGCUGCUGGCCUGUGGGCUCAAUAUCUUUGGUGGAAAGAUCUGCUAUGACUCCCUGGAUCCCACUAAGUUUGCCAAGUGGAAAUCAGUUGUGAAGCCCUUCCUGAUAACCUGCUUCAUCUUCAAUGUGCUCCUCUUCAUCACGGCACUGCUCUGCUUCUCCCUUCGCCUGGCCCUCCAGUUCACUCUGGCUGAGGGGCUGAAGAACAGCAUGAAGUUCUACAAGGACACGGACACACCUGGCCGCUGCUUCAUGAAGAAGACCUUGGACAUGAUGCAAAUGGAGUUUCGUUGCUGUGGGAAUAACAACUACAGGGACUGGUUUGAGAUCCAGUGGGUCAGCAACCGGUACUUGGACUUCAGUGCCAAGCAGGUCAAAGACCGUAUACAUAGCAAUGUGGAUGGACAGUACCUGAUGGAUGGGGUUCCCUUUAGCUGCUGCAAUCCCAGCUCUCCAAGACCCUGCAUCCAGUACCAGAUGACCAACAACUCCGCCCACUACAGCUACGACCACUAUACAGAAGAACUCAACAUCUGGAAACGGGGUUGCCGAGAUGCCCUGGUCUCCUACUAUGGGGGCUUGAUGAACACCAUUGGAGCACUGGUGCUGCUUGUCACUGUGCUGGAGGUGGGAGUUAUGGUGGGGCUGCAGUAUGUGAACACCUCACUGGCAACCCUGGUGAACCCCGAGGACCCAGAAAGUGAAAGUGAGGGCUGGCUUCUAGAGAAGAGUGUGAAGGAGACAUUCACGACUAUCAUGGGGAAAAUGAAGGCGAUGGGUAAGAGCAAUCAAAUAGAGGAGGGCGGAGCGGAGCAGCCUGCUGCCACGGCAAGCUGAGCGGGGCCACACCCACAAAAACUGAGACCGCUCCCUCCUGUGGGGGAGAGAGAGAGAUGGGCAAAGAAGGAGUGAAAAUAAGUCCCCUCACAAAAAACACAGACACCCACAUACA